UCAGAACCAGCGCGCUACCGGGAGAACGCGCGCGAGCAAGAAUCAUUUCUCUCUCGCCUCCGAAAUGGCGUCCUUAUAAAUGUUAAGGAGCGCUUCCCCUCUGAGUGAAGAUAUCGCGCUAGUAAACAGAAACCUGUGUGAAGAUGAUGGAAUCUGUCCAGAUUAAAGAGGAGUUCCCUGAACUUGAACUUGUCCCCAUUCGAGAGUUUAUGGCUUCCCUCCCCAUUAAACAUGAGCUCUCUGAGAUGCAAUGUGACAGCAGCCAGCCAGAGGUCUCUGAGAUUAAAGCUGAGCACAAUGAAUUGGAGAUCCCCCAGACAGAAGAACCCCUUCCUGUGAAACAAGAAGAGGUGCUGGAAACUGUCCAUAUUAAACAGGAGCCCCCGGAAGUAGAGUUUGAUCUCAUGGAACCAGGGAAGGAAGAAUCUGAGGACUUCAAACCAAACAUCCCUGAGCUGGAGCCUGUACGCCUGCGAGAGUGUAGCGUGGUGCUGGAGAGAAUCUGUGCGAGAGAGCAAGGCGCUGGAGAAGGUUCCAGUCUAGCAGUGUGGGCGGGCAGUGGAGAAUAUCCUGACUGUGGGAAAGGAUUCACCCGGUUAGGGCAUUUUAAAACACACCAGCGAAUUCACAAAGGAGAGAAACGAUAUCACUGCUCUGACUGUGGGAAGAGUUUCGCUCAGUCAGGCAACCUUGUAAUACACCAGAGAAUUCACACAGGAGAGAAACCGUAUCGCUGCUCUGACUGUGGAAAGAGUUUCAAUCACUCAAGCAGUCUUGUUUUACACAAGCGGUGCCACACAGGAGAGAAACCGUAUCUCUGCUCUGACUGUGGAAAGAGUUUCAGUCACUCAAGCAGCCUUGUUUUACACAAGCAAUGUCACACAGGAGAGAAACCGUAUCUCUGCUCUGACUGUGGGAAGUGUUUCAGUAAUUCAAGAAACCUGAAAACACACCAACGAAUUCACUCAGGAGAGAAACCGUAUCACUGCUUUGACUGUGGGAAGAGUUUCCGUCACUCAUACAGCCUUGUUUUACACAAGCAAUAUCACACAGGAGAGAAACCGUAUCUCUGCUCUGACUGUGGGAAGUGUUUUAGUAAUUCAAGAAACCUGAAAACACACCAACGAAUUCACUCGGGAGAGAAACCGUAUCACUGCUCUGACUGUGGGAAGAGUUUCAGUCACUCAAGCAGCCUUAAAACACACCAACGAAUUCACACAGGAGAGAAACCGUAUCACUGCUCGGACUGUGGGAUUAAUUUCAGGCAAUCAAGCAGCCUUGUUUUACACCAGCGAAUUCACACAGGAGAAAAACCCUAUUGCUGCUCUGACUGUGGGAAGAGUUUCACUGUGUUAGGAAACCUGAACACACACCAACGAAUUCACUCAGAAAAGAAACCGUAUCGCUGCCCUGACUGUGGGAAGAGUUUCACUCAGUUAGGAAACCUGAAAAUACACCAACGAAUUCACACAGGGGAGAAACCGUAUCGGUGCCCUGACUGUGGGAAGAGUUUCACUUUGUUAGGAAAUCUGAACACACACCAGCAAAUUCACACAGGAGAGAAACCGUAUCGCUGUUCUGACUGUGGGAAGAGUUUCACUCAGUUAGGAAACCUGAAAAUACACCAACAAAUUCACACAGGAGAGAAACCAUAUCGCUGCUCUGACUGUGGGAAGAGUUUCAAACACUCAAACAGCCUUGUUUUACACCAACGAAUUCACACAGGAGAGAAAGCGUAUCGCUGCUCUGACUGUGGGAAGAGUUUCACUUGGUUAGGAAACCUGAACACACAUCAACGAAUUCACACAGGAGAGAAACCGUAUUGCUGCUCUGACUGUGGGAAGAGUUUCAGUCACUCAGGCAACCUUGUAAUGCACCAACGAAUUCACACAGGAGAGAAACCGUAUUGCUGCUCUGACUGUGGGAAGAGUUUCAAUCACAAAGGCAGCCUUAUAAUACACCAACGAAUUCACACAGGAGAGAAACCAUAUUGCUGCUCUGACUGUGGGAAGAGUUUCAAGAAUUCAGGAAACCUGAAAACACACCAGAGAAUUCACAGAGAACCCGUGUCGCUGCUCUGACUGUGGGAAGAGUUUCAAACACUCAAACAGCUGUGUUUUACACAAGCAACGUCACAGAGGAAAAAACCUGUGAAAUGUCUUCUGAUUUUCCCCCUUAAAUUAUAUCCUAAUACAUUAAUAGCAGUCA